CGCAGAAUUAAUUUAAGCUCCGUCAGACCACGUCUAACACAAGACCGUGAACAGACCAACAACUGUGAUACCAACAAUGGACUUUUAACAAUACUAUUGCGAAGAUUGGUCAACAACCUCAGAACCAGCGAGAAGGAAGGAAAUUCCCCGGAACAGAAGCUACCGAGUAGAGUGGAAAGGACGGAGAAGGACUCAAUAGCUCCUUGAACUCCGACUGCGAGGACGCUCUUAAGACAAGGAGGUAUCUCUGCUAGUUGAGGGAGUUGCAUUUGUACGACGCAGAAGUUUCUCUUUCAGUCCUUUGAUCGUCUCCCUUUCCACGAACCAGGACCACCUGCAUUCGCCAAGAUGCUCCGCACUUCAUUACUAGGAGCUCGAGGAGCAACCGGACUCCCACCAACCCUACGAUCAAGUUUCCAACGCUCAAACCCCAUAAACGCACCCCUCCGCUCCCUAACCCGAAGAACCAUCACAUCCGGCCCUCCACGAAGCGCCAAACGCUCAACAUCCUUCACAUUCACAUCUCACGCCAGACCACAGAACCCAACCCUCCUCCAGCGCAUACGCUCCCUCCGCUUCUUCCACAACACGCGACCCCGCCGCAAUGGCAGACCCUCUCCAGACCCAACGCCGAACUUGAAUUCGGGCGGGGCCGCUGCAGAAGCAGAACCACAAUCGCUGGGCGCGAGGAUGAGGAAGUUGUCGAGGGAAUACGGAUGGUCUGCUCUAGGAGUCUAUUUUGCGCUGACCGCCCUGGAUUUUCCGUUUUGUUAUUUGUUUGUCAGGCAGAUGGGCACGGACAAAAUUGGAGAAUGGGAACACAUAGUCGUCUCAUACAUCAAACAGGUUAUCCCAGAAUCCGUCCAAGAAGCCUGGCACAGCUGGCGCUCCUCAAUGAAGAAAGCAGCGAGCAACCAAGAAAGAAGCGAGCAAACCGAGCCAGCAGGCUGGGGCGUCGAGGAAGCAGAUGCGAGGUAUAAGAAGGAAGCAAGCCUAGCAACACAACUUGCCCUCGCCUACGCAAUCCACAAAUCCUUCAUCUUCAUCCGCGUCCCGCUCACCAUCUCCAUAACGCCGAAGGUGGUGCGCGUGUUGAGAGGCUGGGGCUGGGAUAUCGGGAAGCGGACGACGAAGGAGGCGAGAGCUAUUAAGCGGGCGACGAUCCAGGCGCAGAAGCCGGCCAAGAAGAGGUGAUGUGUGUAAAUAUGAAUAUUUAGUGGGGGUGGGUUGUAUGAUAUUGAGCAAAUGGCUGGUUGGCUGGUUGGCUAGAGCUUACGAGGUGAUGAUGACGGUUGUAUAAUGAUAGAGAGGUGGUAGAAAUGCCGAUUGGGCAAUUAGAUUCAUUCUACUCUACACUCUUUUGUCGUCUUUCGUAAAAAAAAAUUUUUUGUCAAUGUUACAGUUGCAGACAAGAAACGAUGAACUGCACAACGAACGAUACGUUCAUAGUUGAUAAUGAUUGACCGAACCCCAGCAAUCUUUGACAAAC